GAUGAAGGGCGGGGCUUAUCGGAACACGGUUGUGUGUCAAUGCUGAACUUCGAGGAAGUGUUAAAUAAUAUCAACUGAGCACUGUUUCACCCGACGAGCUGCGAUGGACAAGUUGCGCCGUGUAUUAAGUGGAGGAGACGAUAAUGAAGAAGUGGGACUUACAUCACAGAUCAUGGACAGCACAUCACUCAGUUUCGGCACACGGGUGAAGUGGUUUAUCAUUUGUUUCGCUGGAGGGGUCCUGUGCUCAAUACUCGGAACUGGACUCCUCUUCUUGCCCAAAGUUGGUGUUAAGUUGUUUGCUAUAUUCUACACGUUUGGAAAUAUUGCAGCAAUUUCAAGCACCUGUUUCCUGAUGGGCCCAUUCAAACAGCUGAAGCGAAUGUUCGAGCCCACCAGGUUCAUAGCCACUAUUAUAAUGCUGCUAUUCCUUGUGUUGACAUUAUGUGCAGUGUUUUGGUGGGACAAAAAGGGUCUGGCGAUCAUCUUCUGCAUUUUGCAAUUUUUGGCUAUGACAUGGUACAGCAUCUCCUACAUUCCAUUUGCACGGGAUGCUGUUAUUAAGUGUUUCACCUCCUGUUUGAGCUAAACUCUCCAGUAUUUCAUCUGACGACCAGACCUGCAGAGUAAAUACGUAAAAAAAAAAAAAAAAAGUUUGUUUUUCCCUUUGAUCUCCAAGCCACGCUGUCCUCCGUGACCUUAAAACCUUUGCUCUUUUGUCUUAAUAUAAUAAUUUUAAAUGAACAUUGUGUAAUAUUAAGGGUGAAUAUGUCAUAUCUGCAUUUAUUACUAGCCUUACUUUUUUUUUUUCUAAGGUUUUUUUGAUAUUUUUAUUUUGUGUGUGGCAGAUAAAUGCUUAAUAGAGGAUAUACUGUGAGUAAAAAAGUGCCUUGUUAUUACAUGUGAUGUUUAUGAAUGAAUACUACUGUUCACUUUUGUACAGAAAAAAAACUGCAUUUCUACCAAAGCAAUUCUACCUUUCCGUAUGAUACCAUACACCAAAUGAAUAAAUGCAAUCCUCAAAA